AUGGCACAAUCAAUUCAACGUUCAAGGGCGCCAUUGGUGUCAGUGGAUCCCAACAAACAUGUGGUCGAAGAGGGAUUUCCGUUGUAUCUGUCCAAAAAUAAGAACCGCUAUGUGCAGUAUUUUCCAGAGGAACAGGUGGUGCAGAGAACAAACGACUUUAGACCUACGCCAGUGGUGCGAGCCAAGCAGCUGAAAGCGACUACCAUCAAGAUAUUCGCAUCUGCUCCAGAAAUAGCAGACUUAUCCAAGCAAGAUUUAAAGGCCAUCAUGGUGGAUGAUUUCGCUACGGCAAGGACAUUUGAGCAACUGGAUCCUCUCAAGGGAAACGGUAUUGCUGUGGUGGAUUACUCGGAUGCAUCUGAAUUGUGUAUAUUUGGUGCUGGAGCAUCUUUGUCCAAUUUAGUGAUACUGGUGUCAGAAAAGAAGCAAUGUGAUACUGUAGACUACCCUGUAGCUUUGCCAUUCGAUUCCAUGGAUGUGCGAGAAACCAUUGAUCUGAGAUACCCAGUGCGACAGAUCAGCGUGUCACCGCUCUCCACAGCACACCACGUUACAUUCGCAGUGAGGACAACAUCCACCAUUCAUUUGUUCACCUAUGAUCACAAGGGAAACCUACGACAACUGCAUUACCUCCAUUUAGCAGAGGCCACUGCUGCUGAUCCUAGAAUUGACUACUCCAUGCCAAUCCAUGUGGAGACGAGUCCCUACAACAAGUACGAGUAUGUCUACACCACUAACAAUGGAUUUACGGCAGUCAUGGAUGCUGUCAACAACAAGGCAAUAUUCUCUGAUGUGGAUCCAGUGCCAGAGACUGCAAACUACAUUUCUCGAUGGAGAUCAUGUGCUUAUGGAAAGACACCCUUCACGAUUCUAUUAGCCUCUCCUGAAUGCAUCAAAGAGUGGAAUUACAGUAACGACAUGAUUCAAGCAAACACCUUGGCAAUAUCAAAUGACCGUAUCGUUGCAUUUAAAACUUCUUACAAGGCUGAACUGUACUGUUUUGCAACGAUUGAGUCUGUUAUUGUUAUGGACAGCAAACGGCUGGAUAGUCCAGUUGUCGAGUGGCUGCACGGUUUGAAAGAUGGGCUACCGUCGACGCUCUUUUUAGACGACUUGUCGAAUCACAAUUGGCGCGUUGUUGCAUUUUCAAAUGAAUCGCAACGUGCUACCAUGAUGGAAUUCCAAUACACAAGAAAUGCAUCCAAGAGCAUGGCACCGACUGUUAGAGUGCUUGGCGUGCAUCAGAUGCCUCUGUCUGUUUACCACUUUGAUGAUUUACACGAUACAAAAGACAGCCGAAUUCGAUCCAUGGGGAUUGCAUUCAACCUACGCACAUCUCAACAGCAGGAGGACACAACCGAAGGAUGCGCCAUGUUUAGUGCCCUGCGUGUGUUUGAGGACGGAUCUGUCAAGAUUCAGUAUUUAGCACUGUUGCCCACCAAACCAGACACCAUAGACAGCGGCCGUUUUCUAAAGAAGCCUCGGCUUGUGAUGGGUUCGUUGCAUCAACAGUUCCAGAAACUGCAGAGAGAGGCGAAAUUGGCCAUGCUACCCAGCGGAAAAGGUGUGCAUGUGGGAGAGGCCGAGUUAUUCACCAUUGCUAUGAAAAACUUUGAAUCUUAUGUGGAGCAGAGCAUUCAAUGUGGAUCAGCUGCACUCACAGAACAGUUCAAGACGGCUAUUUCAUCUCGUGUACGGCAGUUGACAGUGCCCACCACAUUCCGCGCAUUGUUUGAUGACGAGACUUUUAAAGAAUAUGAACUGGAGGACUUGACAGACUUCCUGUUAGAAAUGGAAACACAUGAAGACAUCGAGCGUGGACGACAGAUCACUAUACCCGGCGUAUUACACCACUGCAAACCCAUAGAUCAAGAGUUGAAUCGAAAAUUGAAAGAAGCGCACGAGAAAGAAACGCAACUCUCCAAGGUCAUCAUACAUCCAUUGCCACAUCAAGACGAUCCUCACACAUUUCAAUACCUCGGCCGACAGCCAUACAUCAAAUUUGCAUCUACUACAACUACAAAAGUGUUAUCCAACUGCUGGUCAAUUGAUGAUUCAAGAUUUGAUAGUCUACCGUUCCCUACCUACGAUACAUCAAGUGUUCCUCAGCCUGAAGUAUUCCCCUCUGUAAAUAUAUAUAAAAGAAGACGCUCAUCUGGCACGCUGUUUCCCGAAUUCAGUAGCAACAAUCUCGAGACGGAAACAGCAACGAUACCUGCCAUUGUCAAAUCCACGCCGCAUAUUCCCAAAAUCAAGAAAACCAAGGUUGCUUCAUUGCCAAAGAUCUCCAGGGAGGCUUCAACACAACCACAGGUCCAUGCGACCACGCAAAUGCUGUCUCCGCAUCGCCCUACCAGUACGCAAUCUUCAAGCCAACAUUUAUCUGUGCCUCAAAGUCCUACAAACUCAUUUGCACAAGUAUCUACGCAACCUGUGGAAGGUGCUUUUGCUUCUCGAAAGAAGGUGGUUCAGAAAAAGAAGAAGAAGGCCAAGUCUUCUGGUUUCAAGUAA